AUGGGAAACUUUCAGACCAAUGUGCUUGAUGUUGUCACGAUUGCGUGUCCGAGAAGCCCAGCGCUGCGCGACUGCGCAGUUUCGCUGGACAGGCAGACGGAUACCGUCCAGGUUGACGUGACCCGGCUCAGAGUGCUGGGUGCGAGCCCGAAGCACGGAUGCAAGGUUGCCACUGGGCCGAAUCUGCAGAUGAGGGCCAUCGCAGUUGCAGCUACACCUGGCGACUCCGAAUCCACAGCGGCAGACACCUCUCCAAUCGCGGAGGAGCAGGCCGAAGAAGCAGAGCCUUCUCAGGAUGUCCCCGUGGAGGAAGCUGCUGUCGGCGAAGAGCAGGACUUUCUGGCCCAAAUCAUCGAAGCAAUGAGCAGAAGUCAAGGGGAGGUGAUGGUCCCCAGGUGCAUUGUCGAACCGCCGCAGGAGCUUACUGAGGCACCUCAAGGGGACGUCGGCGCUUGCUGCCCCAGCCUGGGGGAGGAAGAGGUUCCAAGCUGUGAGAUGCUUGAUGCAGCUGAUUACGGCGGUGCUCGCCAACGAUUGGCCUCACAGUCCACAGAGGAGGAGCCAGAGUGCGAAGACCAUGAGGCUCUGAGCUCGUGCGCACCGUCGCCCAACGUUGUGCCAUCUCCAGGAAUCCUCGUCGCCUCAGCUGAAGGCACCUUGCUGCGGCCGCCGCAGCUUAGCGGAGGGGGAGGUAACGCCCCCUUGAAGAUGGCCAGCAACCUCCGUCACGUGGUCCUGGAUGAGGGACGGCUCCGUCGUGCUUCACGCCUCUUUGCGCGGAUGCUCCAAGGUGAGGCGGUGCCCCGGGCGAGGCGCCGGCGGUGGCAUUCAGCACCUCCACCCAGCGAAGCAAAGAAGGAGAAUCGACUUUUUUCGCUUCGUGCGUCGCUGCCGUCCAUGCCUGCCAUGCCUACCAUGCCUGCCAUGCCUGCCAUGCCUGCAAUGCCCACCCUUCCUUCCAUCUCCGUGCCACGGCCGCGGCUCCUGGCGGCCCCGGAAGGCGCCGCCGGGCGCCGACCCACUCGGGGGUCUUCGGAGGAGCCUGCACGAGGGCGCCAGGCCGCCCCAGCAACGCUACAGCCACUAAACGGCAAGAUUCCGUGGUUCCCACCCGCCUUGCCUCGCGUAUCCGCUGCCAUCCGCUCGCGCUCUCGCGUGCCGAUGUCACUUCCAUGGGUCCAGGCCUCGCGGAACCCACCGGAGGCCGCCAGAUAG